UGGCUCAAGGCAGUCCCGAACCGUGCGGGGCUGUGCGUUACCCGGUAGCGUAGGCUGGUCGCGCGUCGUAGCCUCGUGGCGCGGAGGCUCGAGAGCCAUGUUUUCAUCGUUGAGCCCUUUGAGCUCCUGUUGCUGCUGUGGUGUCUGCACAGGUACGAGCUUUGUUGCCAUCAUCCACUUUCUGGCAUGUGUGGCCGUUGUGGUGAACUCGAUCCUUCACUUCAUCUUCCACAUGGAGACCUAUGGAAGUGUUUGGAGUCCAGAGGGCCUCCUGCUCGUGACGAUGUUCGCCUUGAUGGGUGUCCCCGUGACCUUCGCCGCCAUGCUCGGUGCUUGGCUGAAGUUGGAGAGUUACGUUCGUGCCUACUUGAUCUACUUCUUGGCCUCUUUUGUGGUGGUCACGGGGUUGCUUUCCUGGGGAGUGCUGGUGAAGGAUCCUUGCAUGACAGCGGCAGCCCUGCAAGGCGAACUGGCGAAGACCUACGGUGACGCCUUCUCGUGUGGCAUCGUUCGGAUUGGCGCCUACCUUUUGGUGGCUUUGACCGUGCUGCCUCAGACCUAUGCCUUGUGGUGCAUUUGGUCGUUCUGUGAGGAGUUGCGUGUGGGCAUCCAUGCUCCAGCGCUCGAGGACCUGGUGAUUGGUCAGGACAAGGUCUUCUUGUGGAAUCCUCAGGAACCCUUGAAGCAAAGUAUGAGGAGCGCACAGUAUGGCGCUGUUCCUGUUGGAGGAGAACACCCGAUCUUCGGCAGCGAGCACGAAACAAACUAUCCGCCUCCACGGAUGUACUGAAGAUUCGACAGGUUUCACUCAGCAGUCAGUCGCGGAUAGUGUUCUUGGUCCAAUCAAGAUCCAUUGUUGAUGUCGG